CACAUGUGACUUAAAUCUAAUUGCCAUCGAGGGUAUUUUUCAAAACGCAAUACUCUACCUCAGCGUUAAAAUUCAAUAAAUGCACCGACUGUGCAGGGGCUGUCAUAUGGCUUGACAAGAUGUGUUGCCCACAAUGAAUAUUCAACGUUAUACUUUCAAGAUGACUGUGGACGUUUAAAACACUAAACACCAUCCUGGCGGCCUCAGGAAGGGUGGAUCAACUGAGAAUGCUAUGUCGUUCUCUUUCUGUGAGAAUCUUCUGUCGCCGAACAAAACAAAGGUGGAGGAAGAGAGCGACCUUGUUGAACCCGAUCUUGACUAUUACUAUACGUAUGUUCACAGGAGGCUAUUUACAGUGGAAACGCUAUCUGAGGAUGAAGAAGACAUUGUCAGCAUAUGUACAGGAGAAGGCAUCAGCAUCAGUGCCACACCCUCUUUCACAGGCAGUGGGGGGUUUAUACCCUCCCCUGGGGGACACUUCUCAGCACUCACACCUUCCAUGUGGCCCCAAGACAUCAUUCUGAAAUUUGGCAAUGCUCCAGAGGAAGACCCCACAGGACAGUUGGAUUACCGUUACGAUGAGUUUGGAUUCAAAGUAGAAGAGGAAGAUGGUCCUGAAGAAAACUCCAGUAAGCUGCUUAGUACACCAUUCAUUGAGGACCCUCAGCAUCGACUCAAGUGGACAGCGUACCUCGAGUUCACACACAACAACGAAGUCGGAGACCUCACGUGGGACAAGGUGGAGUCACAGUUGCCGAGAUCGGAGAAACUUAAAGGAAUGGUACGACAAGGCAUCCCACACUCUCUGCGGCCACAGAUCUGGAUGAGGAUGUCUGGGGCUCUGGCGAAGAAGCUGAAAUCAGACCUUACCUACAAAGAUGUAGUUAAAGCCAGUGCCAAUGAUCAUCUGAUGACAUCAAAGCAAAUUGAAAAAGAUCUACUUCGAACAAUGCCAAGCAACACAUGUUUCUGCAACAUCAACAGCACCGGUGUACCUCGACUACGGCGUAUCCUGCGAGGCCUAGCGUGGUUGUAUCCGGACAUUGGAUACUGUCAAGGGACGGGCGUGAUUGCUGCCUCCCUUCUGCUGUUCCUGGAAGAGGAGGACACGUUCUGGAUGAUGUGUGCCAUCAUAGAGGACCUGUUGCCAGCAUCCUAUUACUCCAGCACCCUCAUAGGCAUACAGGCUGACCAGCGUGUGUUGAGGCAGCUGCUCAUAAGCUACCUGCCGGAUGUUGACCUUGUCUUGAAGGAACACGACAUAGAGCUGUCCCUCAUCAGCCUGCACUGGUUCCUCACCCUGUUUGCCAGUGUUGUGCACAUGAAGGUGCUGCUCAGUCUAUGGGACUUGUUCUUUUAUGAAGGGUCAGUUGUACUCUUCCAAAUUACCAUGGGCAUGCUGAAACUGAAGGAGAGUGAGCUGAAGACACUGGACAACUCUGCCCAGAUCUUUAACGCCCUGUCGGAUGUCCCAGGAGACGUGCAGGAUGUUGAAGAGCUCAUCGAGGUUGCCUUCCGGACUGCUGGAUCCUUGACCGAUGUCGUGGUGGAGACACACAGACGGAAACACCUGGCCUACCUUAUGGCUGACCAGGGUGCACUGGUCAACCCAGAGUCGUCCAGGAACCUGCCAAAACAGCAACUGAACAAGCGACACCUAAAGCGAUCUCGAUCUCUCGUCUCCGUUCUGCUGAGAGGGGAAUCAGAGGAUGAAGACUUUGGAAAAGCCAAAAAUAUUCGCCAAACAGAAUUACUUGUUGACUUGCGGGAAGCCAUCCUACAGGUUGCUCGUCACUUCCAAUCACUUGACCCCAAAAAUAACAAAGUUAACCUGCAAGCAGACUACACUAUGGACAGCCAUGCCAAGGAUCUGGAGAACUAUGUGAACGUUGCCCGCAACAGGAGGAGGCGGGCCAAGGCACUGCUGGACUUUGAGCGGCAUGAUGAUGAUGAACUAGGAUUCAGAAAGAAUGACAUAAUCACAAUCAUCUCUCAGAAGGAUGAGCACUGUUGGAUUGGGGAACUGAAUGGUUUGCGAGGAUGGUUCCCCGCCAAGUUUGUGGAAAUACUGGAUGAGAGGAGUAAGCACUACUCGUCAGCCGGAGAUGACUCUGUGACCGAAGCCGUAACAGAUCUGGUCAGAGGAACGUUAUGUCCAGCUUUGAAAGCAAUAUUUGAACACGGAUUAAAGAAAUCCAACAUCUUAGGAAGUCAUUGCCAUCCUUGGCUCUUCAUUGAGGAGACGGCAACAAGAGAGGUGGAGAAGGAUUUCCAAAGUGUGUAUUCCAGACUUGUUCUGUGCAAGACAUACAGAUUGGAUGAAGAUGGCAAAGUUCUCACACCAGAAGAAGUGCUUUACAGAGCGGUACAGGCUGUGAACUUCUCCCAUGAUGCUUGUCACUCACAGAUGGAUGUCAAGUUCCGCUCCCUCAUCUGCUGUGGUCUCAAUGAGCAGGUGCUGCACCUAUGGCUGGAGACUCUCUGUUCUUCCCUGGACGUGGUGGAGAAGUGGUAUUACCCCUGGUCCUUCAUCCGUUCCCCAGGCUGGGUGCAGAUCAAGUGUGAACUAAGAAUCUUGGCUCAGUAUUCCUUUACCUUAUCCCAAGAUUGGGAGCUACCUCGCAAACCAGCCCCAGCAACUUUGAAAGAAGGAGUGCGAGACAUGUUGAUAAAACAUCAUCUGUUUAGCUGGGACUUGUGAUGUGCUACCCUUGUACUAUGGACACCCUUGUACUGUGGACACCCUGUGUUGUGGAAAGCCUUGUUUUCUGGACUCACCUGCAUAGUGUGCAUCUAGUGUCACAAACCUGCUUGUAGUUAAAACUUUUCUUUUUGUGUUUUGGGAUUGUAUCUUGUGUUGUCCAGAUCACUGAUCAAAUUAUUGGGCAUGGAUGAAAAACCUAAGAUCCAGCCUAAAGGAAAAUAAUCAAGACAGAGAUAAUGAAGUCAAAACUAGGCCGUAGUGGGAAUGUAGGGCUUAUAGACAAACUAGUGUGUUCUUUGGUUCAGGGAUGCUUGUAUUUAAAGAAAUCUACAGAGACAACAAUACAUGUUUUGCUUGUUCGUCAUGUUCAAUUACCCUGGUUUGAAGUUCUUGCUGUCUAAAACCAAAGACUGUAAAGAAUUUUUUAGAGAAAUAGUUCCAAUCCAAGAAAGUUAGAGGGACAUAAGGAAAAUCAUAUGGGACAUGUCUUUGCCCAUGAUUGCCAGACAAACAUGAGAAAUGUGUCAGUUACAGACUUUCUAUUAGUAAUUUCAAUGUGCAAUAUGUAUAUGAUGAGUUCAUGGAGAGAAUAUAUGUAAGAAUAUGCCCAGGGUCAUGGGGUAGAAGGUAGACAAGAUAAACAGUCGACAGCAUGGCCAGUGAUCAUCCUAACAACAGCACACAAUCAUUGUUCUAUAUCUCAGUGGAUGUAAUUGAGGAGCUGAAGAUGUGAUAGAGGCUACUGGAUGAAUGUACCCCAGGUACUUUUCUGUGUAUAGAAAUGCAUCCCAGCUGAAUUCAUAAUACAUUAACGUAACCUUGAUAAAAUUAUAAUAGAAACAUACCUUGGUCAAAAUCAUUAUAUAAAAAUGUUCCUUGGCCUAGGUCAUAACACAGAAAUCAUACUACUGAUUUGUGAUAUUGAAAUAUGUCCUGUGUGAAAUCCUAAUACAGAAACAGGCCCUAUCUGAAAUCAUAAUACAGAAAUGUACCCUGUCUGAAAUCAUAAUAUAGAAACAGACCCUGUCAGAAAUCCUAAUACAGAAGUGUACCCUGUCUGAAAUCAUAAUA